AUGACAACAACAAUAAGUAAACAUGAUUUACAACAACAACAGCAGCAGCAACAACAGCAAUUAUUGCUGCUACAACAGCAGCAACAGCAAUUAUUGCAAUUGCAACAACAACAUCAGCAGCAGCAACAGCAACGUUUUUCUCAAAAUACUACAUACAGUUUGGACAAUACCAUCACCGCAUCGGUGGGCUCGGUGGCAACGGCCGCCACCCAUCGGCUGGAUAGUAUUACAACAACAACUCUACCAAAUACCAUACAAAUCGAUACAUUGAAUAAUAAUUUCGAAAAUGACUUCAACACCACACUGACAUUACGCUCGCAUGCCACCAACAAUAACAAUGGCGAUGUGGGCGAGGCACCGCCUGCCAAGAUCCAAAAGAAACGUUCUCUUUUAAACUUCAAGUCAUUCGACUUUCACAUUAAAUCCCUGUACAGUGGUUUACGCAAUGGUUCUUCCAAUCAAAAUAAAUCACAUUCCCAAGCUACCAAUUUAAUGGCCGCCGAUGGCAGUACCCGUGAAGUUGUGGCAAAGGUUUUGACAGCCGGCAUAAAUGCCAAUGGCAGUGAGUUGAAUAUUAACGAACUACAUCAGCAUAUACAUCAACCCUAUAAUCGCAUGCCUCCCUAUUUGAAAAUCGAAUCGGUUGAUAAUGAAGAAUCGGAGAAUUUAUUAAUCGAUUAUCCACAAUCGCCAUACUCGUCACGUCGCAACAGUUCCAAUGACGAUAAUCGUUCGAGCAGCCAACUGAUACAUCUAACCGGUGAUGGUGGUGGUGAACACCAAAAUCUCUUGCUACAGCCAACACCACAUCGCUACGAAAUGUCGCGUUCACAGGCCAGUUCUCCUUCGCCGUACUAUCUGUCGCCGCAUGCUUUUGCAUCAUCUUCCCAAAAUAUGAGACGUUCGUCUACAUCGGACAUAAUGUCCGGUAGUAAACGCAGCGCCUCCUCGUCGACCAGCAACAGUCGACGGCCGAGUACUUCGGAUCUAUUGCGCAAGGCACGUGAACGUCGCGGUAGUGAGACUCGUAUGGGACGCAGUGUUUCGCAUGGCGGUCUACCACGUGGUGGUAGUGGUGGUGGAGGAGCUUUUCGUGUGGGACCCGGUAUAGGUGGCCGACGUACGAGUAUGGCAUUUUAAAACUUCCUCUCUCUCUCUCACUCUCUCUUCCCACUUCCCUUUAACCCCCUCCAAACUGUUAUUAAAAUGUAGUAUCUAUAUUGAAAUUAAAACAAACUGAGAAAAACCCAGAAACUUUUUUGUCAAAAUAUUAGUAAUAUUAAUAAUUACAACAACAUAAUAUACUCGUAAUAAUUGAAAACAAAAAGGUAAGAUAAACUUACAAAAAUAAAGUGCUUAUGAUUCGUUUAUUUUUUAUUCAAUAAAAAACAAAUAUUUCAAAAAUUAUAAUAACAAUUUAGUCAAAUUUAUAUUAAAAAAAAAUAAAAAAAAACUGAAGAAAAAAACAAAU